AUGAACCGGGACAGAGCGGUACCGGGGCCCGGAACGGACGGGGUCCAGACCGUUAUAAGCCGGGACAGAGUCGCACCGGGGCCCGUGGCGGAUGCGGUCCAGUCCGUAAUGAGCCGGGACAGAGCGGUGCCGGCGCCCGGAGUGGACGGGGUCCAGACCGUGGUGGGCCCGGACAGUGCAGACAUGCUGGACGGAGCUGCUGCCGGGGAGAAGCGGCUCUUCUCCAGCGCGGUGGCCGGGAGCAGAGACGCUCAGGCCGUGGAGAACCACACGGAACCUCCGCCGACGAACCCGGUGUUAGCCCCGCCACAGCAGGGCCCUACCGGGCACCGGACCACCUCCUUCUCCGUCUUGGACAUCCUGGAUCCAAACAAGUUCACGAGCAGCCGGCGGCUCGGACAGCAGCAAGCCAGCCGGGCCGAGCGCGAGCUGAGCGCGUACGGAGCAGAGAACCGGAGAGCGGGAACCGGGGAGCGCGAGCCCAGCCUCGAGCCCAGCAAGGGCUGCUACGGUGCUGAGGAAUACCAGAGCAAGGAAGGCUUUGUAUACAGAAGCCCAGAUGAGGAUGACUACCACAGAUCUGGGACCCCAGACUCAGAGGCUGCAGACGGGCCCUACAGCAGUGAGGAGAGCAGCUCAGCUCUGCCCAGUAAUGGAGACAGAGGUCUGAGCCAGCACAGCCACCAGGACCCCACCACAGACGCCAAGAGCCCCGGAGGAGGCUCCACAGGCCAGAUCAGCAACGCCCAGAGCAACGGGGGCCAGGGCUCGCAGGGCAAGCCCAAGAGGAAGCGCUCUGGCUCGGACUCCAAGUCAGGGAAGCCCCGUAGAGCCCGGACUGCCUUCACCUACGAGCAGCUGGUUGCGCUGGAGAACAAGUUCAAGUCCACGCGCUACCUGUCAGUGUGUGAGCGGCUCAACCUGGCGCUGUCGCUCUCCCUCACUGAGACACAGGUCAAGAUCUGGUUCCAGAACCGCCGGACCAAGUGGAAGAAACAGAACCCAGGCGCAGACACCUCCGCCCCCACCGGCGGAGCAGGAGGACCAGGGGGCGGCGGGGGAGGUGUAGGAGGUGGCUUGGGGAGCCUCAGCCCUCUCAGCCCGUCCCCUCCUGUCAGCGGGCACCUAGCCAUGCACGCUGGCUACGCCGGCCACCAUCACCCCCCCGCCGGCAGCCUGGUCCAGCUGCCUUUCCUCACCGCCAGCCACGUCCUGUCCCCCUUCAUGCUGGGGACACAGAGCUACGCUGCGCCCGCCUUUUACAACACACACCUGUAGACACACACACACACAAAGUACACAGGGGUUCAAACCUACAGACACACACACUCACACACUCUGAGCCCAGAGAGGAUGAAAUGUUCAGUGUAUGAAUGAACUGCAGACCAGCAGACAGACUGUCAGUGCUCAGCUCUCCUUUUUACUACCAACAUUUGAAGGCUUUAAUUUCAACGGAUUAUUUUGAUAGAAUGUGAAUAUCUACCAGAAACUGUACAUAAAUCUAUGUUCUAGCUCCAUAUUCUGAAUGCUGUUUUAAACUAAGUAAUAGACAAAUAGUUGAUUUCUUUGUUUUUCAAAAAAAGUCUGUAUGAAUAUUGAAUGUUUAUUUAUGA